ACUUUCACCAAACCAUUUUGAAACUCCCUCCUCUCGUUCAUCUGUCCCUGUCUCUCGCCGACCCUCUUUAAGUUUCAUAUUUAUGAAUGCCGAUCUCUCGCUUCAGUACCCCAUACACAUUAGGAAGAAUCUAAAAUUUGAAUCCCACAUAUGUAUUACAUUUUCCGUUUCUGGAAAAACAUUUAGCCUCAAUCAAUACCCCGAUAUUGAUUACCAUAAUUAAUAUACAUAUAUGUUACUAAAUUCCACGUUAUAUAACCUCGCUGACUUUCAACACUACAAACUAUAGCCAUUUGUUUCUUCUUCUCUCUGAUCUCAUAGAUUAUGGAUGGUUUUGCAGUACUGGUAGUGCUGGUAGUGGUUUCUGUUGUGCAGCAACAAGUGCAUGGGAUUGGGGGAUGUGAUGUUUCUCGUGGGAAUUGGGUUCAUGAUGAUUCAUACCCUCUUUAUGAAGCUUCUAGCUGCCCCUUCAUUGAGAAGGAGUUUGACUGUAUAAAGAAUGGUCGCCCAGACAAGGACUAUCUCAAAUACAGAUGGCAGCCUCUUGGCUGCAACUUACCAAGAUUCAAUGGAAUUGAUCUUUUGAGGAGGCUAAGAGGGAAGAGCAUCAUGUUUAUUGGGGACUCAUUGAGUCUGAACCAAUGGCAAUCACUCGCUUGCUUGCUUCAUACGGCUGUUCCAAAUGCCAAAUACACAUUGGUCAGGUCUGGAGGACUCUCCGCAUUCACAUUUCCGGAAUACAAUGUUAAGGUGUUGUUCUCCCGCAACGCCUUUCUCGUGGACAUUAUCAGCACAAGUGCUGGGCGAGUCCUAAAACUUGACUCAAUCUCGCUUGAAAACCAGAAACUGUGGACAGGAGUUGACGUCAUGAUCUUCAACACAUGGCAUUGGUGGCUUCACACUGGAAGAAAGCAAGCAUGGGAUCUUAUUGAAAAAGGGGGGAAAAUAAUUGGGAAGGACAUGGAUAGGUUGGUUGCAUAUGAGAAGGCUCUCAACACUUGGGCAACAUGGGUAGACACCCAUGUGGACCCUGCAAAAACCAAGGUCUUCUUCCAGGGUGUUUCCCCAGAUCAUUCUAAUUCAUCAGACUGGGAUGAUCCAAAAGCAGGAAGCUGCAAUGGGCAAACAGAACCACUUCGAGGUCCAAGCUAUCCUCAUGUACAUCCAGCAGAGAAAGUAGUAGAGAAAGUAUUACGCGCCAUGUCAAAGCCCGUCCAAUUGCUUGAUGUCACACAUCUUUCACAACUAAGAAAAGAUGGGCACCCCUCUUUCUAUGGCCUUGGUGGGCACAGAGCCUCGGACUGCAGCCAUUGGUGUUUAGCUGGAGUUCCUGAUACUUGGAACAUUCUUCUUUAUGCAGCUCUUGCAGGGAGUUAAUUUGUUAUUUCAUUCUUUAUGGGGAUUUACAAAUAUCGUCGAAGAAAAAGAUACUGGAAUAAUAGUUGUAUCACAUAUUCACUUAAAAUGAAAUUCAAUUAGCUAGGACAAAGUUAUCAGGUUUGACUGGGAAAUUCAUGAGUGAUUUGUAUUGCUUAGCAUUACUCGAUCGAUGAGAA